CAAGUAAAACGAUCAUGUAACUCCACCAAUCAAAUUCGUCCGUGACAUGUUUUAUAUCAACAACGGGUAACCCACGUCAUACCCCAUGAGGCGGUUCACGAUCACACGUGUGGUACGUGUGAAAACCCACCCGCGAAAUCUCUAUAUAAACUCCCAUUACAAUCCUCAAUUAUUCAUCCCUUAAAAUUCUCCGUAGAAGAAAGAAGGCGACAUUUUUUUUGUCUCUCUUCAUCCUUUUAUUCUCUCUCUUCAUCUUUUUCUUCCUUUUUUUUCGUGUUCUGGCUUUUGUGAGGUUGAAUCGAUGGCAACCGUGAUUCUUCCGCCGCAGGACUGCCUUGGUAAAGGCUUUCGCCACCAAGGUCUGGUUCUAUCGCCUCCGUUGAAAUCGCGGCGAAAUUCUAACCCUAGUAGUACUAGUUCUUCUACAAACCCUAACUUCAAUCACGAUGAUACGACUUGUUCCGGCAGACGGAGGAGGAGUGCAGCGGUGGGAGUCAAGGCUAACCGUCAAGUCAAUAGAGGUCGGAGCCGGGCGGAAGAGCCGUCUACGUUGGCGAAGAUUUCAUCGAAGAAUUUGAUUAUGGGACAGGUUAAGAUCCUGAAGCGUGGAGAGACUUUGACUCCCGAUCAAGGAGUUGGUGAUGGUAAUGAUUCUUGUGGUAAGAGGAGAUUGGAAUCGAAGGGUGAUGAUGUGGAUUUGGUUUUGGGAUCCACUGAUCGGUUGGGUCCAGACCCCGAUUUGAUGCAGAAGCAGGUUGUGUUAACGGAGUUCAAGGUUGUUGAUGGUAUCUAUGCCGGAUCGGGUGCGUUCUUCGCUUCGCCGCCUCCGAGUUCAGUGCCCUUGCCGUCUUUUCUAGGUAAGAACGGUACUGCAACAAGCGAUCUUCGGCGGCUACUGCGACUUGAUCUAGGCUGAUCAUGUCGAUUCAAGUCAAAGAAAUGAGCAGUCCUUAUACGAUUUGGGAUGGACGAUUGGGAGAUUGGUUUGAUUUGGUUGGUUUAUCCAGAAUUUAGUGAUGAAUGGAAUACGAUGUUGAUGUUGGUGUGUUCUUACUUUUGAUGGUGAUUGUUCGGUUUUACCUCAGCAUCUUCCUUUAUUUUUUCAACAGGAAGAUGUUUUGAGUUUGCGAGCAGAUGAGCUGGCUGAAGUGAAGCAACAUGACAGUUCUUCUAGGUUUCUAUUACUCAGAACUAUUAGGGUUUAUAGGUGGGUUUUCUAUAUAGCUGUUUCAGUGUUUCAUUGUAGUGGGUCUUUGUUGGUGGUGGCUUGGUGUGGGUUUUCCUUAGAAAGAUGAGAUAGCAUUUACAUUUGGGUGUGGGUAUUAAAAUUUAGGAGUUAGAUAUGAUAUAGUGUAAUACUUUGCCAUUCAGAAUUUGAAGUUGUCUGUACCUUUAUUGUGUCAAUGUAUAAAUACAUACAGAAUUUGCUUUCA